GACUCACUGGCUGGCCCACAUUUCACUUUAUACGCUUCCAUUCAACCAGCGAAGCCGUUGGUCAUCUCUCAAAAAUCAUUGUGUGUCAAUCGGUGUUACGGAUAUGCUUCUACUUUUUUAAUUUCAUUUUGAUCGAGUCGAUAUUGUGGGGGCGUUUGAUUUUGCAUUGCUGCUGUCUUCCUUGGAUGUGGUAGCUGCUUCUCAUACAUCGCACGUUGCCGUGUCACGGAUACUUUUUUAAUUUAAAAUUGUGGUGUGCUACAUUUUGCGCAGUUGUUAUCUUCCUGGGACGUAGUAAUUUUUUUCCCAUACGUUGCGAAUAAUUCCCUAUAUUUAAAUUGAUUAUUUUUGGGAUUGGUCAUUGCGUAUGUCUUUUUUGCGCAGCUGCUGUCUUCCUUGGAUGUGGCAACUGUUUCUCAUGCAUCGUAUGAUUGUUGAUCGAACCCUGAAAAAACCAGAAUGACGGACUCGGCGCCGCACUUCCCGCGCUACUUCUCCGCCCCCUUCAUCGACUGUUUCCCGCCGGGUCUCCACAAAUUCACCCCCGCCUCACCGCACCCACCCAUCUCUUCUUCCUCAGGUUCUUCCUCACCGCAUCAUGAUGACAUCGACACCUCCCCACCGGCGUCCCACCCUCCUCCGGAAGCCGCCGUAGAGUCCCCGGCGUCGUCGUCCUAUUCGUCGCGCUCCGACGAGGAGGCGCCCAGCCCCGGUGGGUUGUUGGUGCACCUAGGCUCAAAGCGCCGCAAACAGCACAAACCCAUCCGUUGUGACGCGCUGAACCUGAGCAAGGAAACGGUGCUGGAGGACCACCGGGACAGUGAUUCCGGUGUGCAUGAUGGGUCGCCGGCGGCGGUGGAUAGUGAGCUGCAGUGGAAGGAGGAGGAUGUCGACGCGGAGGAGGUUGAUCGGGAACGGCAGUUUUCCAGUGAGUUGGAUGGACUGCGAAUAGGGCCGGGCGGCGAGUCCCGCGGGGGGUCGUCGCCGGGGUCCACGUCGCCGAAUGGAAGGAGGAUUCCGGUUCUCACCGGGAAUCGAGUGUUUCCAGUAGCCCCGACCGGGGCCCGCAUCUUCAACCCGGACGCCUACUGCACGCUGUGCAGCCGCGAAUUCUGCAACAAAUACUUCCUCAAGACCCACAAAGCCAACAAACACGGCGUCUACGAACCUGACGACCCCUCGCCCCCGCCGGGAGCCCUCCCAGGGACCCCGGGAGGCCCGCCGCCACAACCCGGCUUCUUUAAACCGGAAGAAACCACGCCCGGCCUCGUCCAGACGGAAGGAGACACCCCCGCCGCCGACAUGGAACGCCAGCUUCUGACCAACCAGAUCCGGCUGAUGUACGCGCAGAACUUCGCCAUGCAGCAGCUGCUGCAGCGCGGCGGACCCGUGUUCCCCAUGAUGCCGCCGUUCGGGCAGCCGCUGAUGCCCAUGAUGCCGCCGUUAGGCGGGGCGGCGUUUUUCCCUCGACCCCCGCCGGAAAUGAUGCCGCCGACCCCGGAGGUGCCGGUUAAGCGGGAGGAGGUCCCGCCGGAGGUCCCCGGCACGGAGGAGGUCGUGUGCGAGGUGUGCCAGAAGCGGCUGAGUAGCCGCAGCUUUCUGAGGAUUCACAUGAAGCGGAAACACGGGAUGGAGGGCGGGCCCAGGAGCCCGCUGGGAGCCGGGGAACCGAAGAAGCGUUCGCGGAAGAAGGAGAGGAAGGAGACGGUUCAAGAAAGGGCCGACGCAUUCCUGAAGAGGAGCGGGAUCGCGAUGCCUAACGGAAGCGUUAAGGAAGAAGAGCGGGAGAACAACGGAUAUUUGCAACAACUGCUUUUGAGCAUCCGGGAUCCGGGCAGCCAUGGUCGCCGGGAGACCUUCCGAUGUCCGCAGUGCCCGACGGACUUCGCCAGUCCCUACUUCCUGCACUGCCACCUGCUCAAGGAGCACCACCACCCCCGCGGGGCCCCCGCCGAGCCGCCCCCACCCUACCGCUCCCCGGAGCCGGUCGUCCUCGAUCUCUCCACCAAGUCCCACUCCCGUCCAUCCCUACCGUCCACCCAACCGCCGCCCCUGCCGGACAUUGUCUCCUCCUCCACCGGCCAAGCGAGCCUGACCACGCCCAUCGAUUUGGAGUCGUUCUGCGUGAAAUGCAACCGGGAAUAUUGCAGUAAAUAUUUUCUGCGGACGCAUCUGAAGAAAGUCCACAGUAUGACGCAGGAGGACUAUUUGGCUGAAGUUCAGACCGCCCGCCCCGAGGUGUGGCGGCAGUUUGUCAGCGGGGAGGUGCCGGGGGCACAGGAGGCCGGGAGCGGGGCGACGGCGUCACCGGGGGUGCGGCGGAAUUGGUGUAAACACUGCAAGAAGGAUUUCUGCAACAAGUACUUCUUCAAGACGCAUAUGAUGAAGAUGCACGGCGAAGAAGUGCACGAGCUGGUAACCAGCAGCCGCUCGGCCCGUCGGCGCUCGCAGAGCGUCUCCUGUGACGUCUGCCACAAGGACCUGUGCUCCAAGUACUUCCUGAAAAUCCACAAGAAGAACGCUCACAAUAUCCACGAUCCCAGUUUGUCCAUGGGCGUCGGCACGGAGCUGGAAACCCCCGGCUCGCCGUCCCUGGGCGAUGAGGACGCCGAUCCGGAGAUGGAGGAGGGCGAGGUGGACGAAAGCAUGCCGCUGUCCAUGGUUAUGGACCUGGCCACGCCCCACGGCGACCACCACCGCGGGAGCGGCGCCGGGUCACCGCCCGUGACCUUUAAACGGGACGCCGGACGGGCCACCGUCAUCACCUGUGUCGGGACGCAUUUCGUGCCGCCACUGGAUGGGGGCGGGGCUGAGGAGGAGGAGCCGAUGAUCAAGCAGGAAAUAAACUGAAUAACUGCAUCGCGGUUUUAGCUUUCAGUUGCCAUUUAAAGCGGCCACCUUAUACGUCUUCCGUAUAAUAAUUUAACCUGGACAGUUGCUCAGUGGGACGAAUGUCGUCCGGUAUUCCAUGACCGCCAAUUUCUGCCGUAUUUAUUACUGGACCGAUUAACAACUCGCCCGCAAUAUCACUGAUGUACCGUGCCGAAUUAAUGGGCGACUUGCGCGUAAUUAAUUCUCAAAUCCCUUCACUCAUUCAACCAGCGAUCUCCUUGCAUGUAAUCAUUCCAGCUGGCCGAUUCAAUUCCCCUUUUCUACAAUCUCUCUUUUUUUUCUCCAUGACAAUACUCAUUAAUUAGAUUUUACUUUUGCGUUGAAGUAACGGUGGGUUGCUGGCCUCCGGCAUCCGCGGAGAACUGCUCAUGUUUUGAUUUUGCAAUGAUUCCUAUGAAAACAUAUUUGUAUGUACGAGUACCUUGCUGCCUGUUGUAUUGCUGUUUCAAAUGAUUUGCCUUGUAGCGGUUGUGCUGAUAUGAGGUUAGCGUUAAUUAAAAAUUGUGUGCUGUAA